AUGUUCAUCCGGCCCGUCCUCUCCUCUUCCCUCGGGCAGGCCGCUCGCUCGAGCCUCCGAUCUCAGGCACCCGCUGUGCGUCAAUACGCUACCGAGGCUGGAAAGUCUUCCGGCGAAUCCAACCUUCCUCUCAUCCUCGGUCUCGGAGGUAUCGCUGGUCUCGGUGCAUGGUACUCGCUCGGUGGCUUCAACGACCCCAAAAAGGCCUCGAACAAGAUCCAGGAAAAGGGCAAGGAGGUUGUUGACCAGGCCAAGGGUGCUGCUCAGAGCACUGCACUCAACAAGGACCAAUUCGUCGAGUUCACCCUCAAAGAGAUCAAGCCUUACAACCAUGACUCGGCCACCUUCGUCUUCGAGCUCCCAGACAACAAGAAGCCCGGUAUGAGCACCGCUUCCGCCGUUGUCGUCAAGGCUGUCGGUGACGGUCUCAAGGAUGACAAGGGCAAAGAUGUCAUUCGCCCUUACACUCCCAUCACUUCUCCUGACACUCCGGGCCAUAUGGACUUCCUCAUCAAGAAGUACCCAGGCGGUCUUAUGGCUACCCACAUGCACUCGAUGAAGCCCGGUGACAAGCUCGGCAUCAAGGGUCCCAUCGCCAAGUUCCCUUACAAGGCCAACGAGUUCGAAUCCAUCGGCAUGAUCGCUGGUGGUUCCGGUAUCACUCCCAUGUGGCAGGUCAUGCAGGACAUCGCCAAGGACCCCUCCGACAAGACCAAGGUUACUCUCAUUUACACCAACAGGACCGAGCAGGACAUCUUGCUCCGUGAGAAGUUCGACGAGCUCGCAAAGAAGGACGACCGAUUCACCAUCGUCUACGGUCUCGACAAGCUCCCUAAGGGCUUCAGCGGCUUCGAAGGUUACGUUACUCCCGAGUUGAUCACCAAGUACUUGCCUAAGCCCGAGUUGGGCAGCAAGACCAAGCUCUUUGUCUGCGGUCCUCCUCCUCAGGUUGAAGCCAUCAGCGGUAGAAAGGGCCCCAAGGGUAGCCAGGGUGAGCUCAAGGGCUUGCUUGCUAAGAUGGGAUACGAGGCCGACCAGGUCUACAAGUUCUAG